UAUUGCCAAGGAAAUGUUUAAAUUGCCUUGCAGUAUGACAUGUACUAAAGACUACACUUUUUAACUCACAGUACAAAGCAAAUAGUGGAAAGAAAUUAAUCUUUUUCCUGAAAAAAGGACGACGUAGGUAAUCAGUGUGCCUAAAGCUCAUGUAGCAAGUUAACUGAUCGGAAGGUCAGCACAGGGACUUUUGCUGAAUGGUAGAAAGUGCCAGGAAGCCCUCCCAUCCACAUGGAAUUCUUGGGAGAGGAUAUUCAGCACUUGCUAUCAAACCCUGUUGUGCAGCCAUGGAUAAAUAAGCGAGCAUAGCAAAUAGUGCAUAAAAUAUUAGAAACCUGGCUCAGCCUCAUGUCCUUGGAGUCCCCACAGCUUCUCCUGCUAACAUAAAAAACAGGGAAGAGCAGAGCUUGUCUUUGAAGGUAUCUUGCUUCCAAGCCCUGCUAACACCUGGUCUUUUCUCAAAGGGCAGGGCUCAGAUCUGCACGAGUCAGGUGAAUACCACAGGCAGUGCAAAGAGAAAGAUCACCCUUGGAAUGAAGCAGCCAGACUUUAGUCCCUUACACAUCUGAAGUGGCACCGAAGCUCAUCAGGGCAACAUUUACCACUGGCUGGCCUCUUGUUCUUCCAGCACAUCCAUCCCUCUGGGUGACAAAUCCAGCCAGGUAAUUAGUGCUGCCCCAGGGAAAAGUGGUUUGCAGCGCAUUACAGGAAAUAUGUUGCCCGAAGGUGCUGUUGCCCAGCCACAUCAUCGGUUUCUGCAGGGUGCGACUGUGCUAGCUUCAGAAUCCCCUCCAUUUCUCCUGGACUCAUUAGGAGAAGAGGUUUUGCAAGCUGGUGCACACAGAGUAAGGUACAUAGUUCUCGUUCCUGCCUUACUGGAGUAGGGACACCUGUGAGGGACCACAAAGUCCAUCUGAGCCCCUAGACUUCAAUACCUUUUGCAGCACGAGUGUACAGGUUUCUAUGCCAUUCUCUCAAUAUAGCUGUAACCAAGCCAGGUGGGUUAUUUAGGGAGACUACAGGGUGUAAUGUUAGCCCCAACCACAAAUUAACUCAUAUUUGGAAUAUCAGGGACACAUAUAGUCACAUAAAUCUACAGCCAACAUGACUAUACUAGUUGAAAAGUGUAUUUUAAUCAGAAUGAGAGUGGUAAUAGAUCCACCAAAGGUGGUUGGGUUUUGGUUUUUAUUUUCAGAAUCUUAAUUUGAAGCACCCAAACUAAUGUCAUACAGAAGUAUCAGGAUAAAGCAGUCAAGGAUAUAACUCUAGCUGGAAUGUUCUUUGGGUGCCUGGGGCAAACAGUUAGAGAAUCGUAGUUCUCAGUUUAACCCUGGAUUUGGUGUUAAACCUCAUGCAAGCAACAUUUUUAUUCCUUUUUGACUAAAUAAUGACAAUAAUUCCUGUAAAAAGGUUGGCAAAUCUUUUACACAUAAACACAUUCUUUCCAGUAAUAAUAAAACAUCCACCUACCCCUCUUUUUAUGCAUCCUCUUUAACUUUCCACUGCUCCUUCAUCCUCCUUUCUCCACAGGGCUCUCAACACUAUGGUAUUUACUACUAGGGGUGAAGAAUGACCUCCUUCCAACUGGUUUUCCAAUAAUUCCUACUUUGAAAAAGAAUUAAGGUUGGAAACAUAGCCUUUCUCUGGCCAGAAAGCUGGUUGACUGAUGCUUCACGAUGGACAAAGCCAUUCAGCAUCCCAGUGAGAUUCUGGCUAAUCAAACUAUCUCUAACAUUAGCUAUUCUCAUUUUUUGAACUUUGAUACGUGCCAACCUUCCUUCCUUGCUGAAUUCUUGCUUAUUACAGCCUACUCAUUAGUUACAAUGGUGGGGCUUCUUGGAAAUCUUUGCCUGAUUAUUAUAAUAAAGAGACGGAAGGAAGCUCAAAAUGUUACCAACAUUUUGAUUGCCAAUCUCUCUUUAUCAGAUGUCUUGAUCUGUAUCAUGUGUAUUCCUGUCACAGUUGCAUAUACCUUAAUGGACUACUGGAUAUUUGGGGAAGCUAUGUGUAAAAUAAGUUCUUUCAUACAAAGUAUAUCUGUCACAGUCUCCAUUUUCUCACUCGUACUCAUCGCUAUCGAGAGAUAUCAGUUAAUUGUGAACCCACGUGGCUGGAAGCCUAAUAUUUCACAUGCUUACUGGGGAAUUCUUUUCAUCUGGGGGUUUUCCCUCGUAAUAUCCAUUCCUUUUUUAAUAUUUCACCAAUUAACAGAUGAACCCUUCAAACAUCUGUCUUUCCAUAGUGAUUUCUACAAGAACAAGGUUGCCUGCAUCGAAGCAUGGCCCUCCGUUACAGAACGACUGAUUUUUACCACUAGUCUGCUGGUUUUCCAGUACUGUUUCCCAUUGGGGUUUAUUUUUAUCUGCUAUCUCAGGAUAUUCAUAUGUCUUCGAAGGAGACAUGGUAAAAUAGACAGGAUGAGAGAGAAUGAGAGCAGACUGAGUGAAAACAAAAGGAUUACAAUGAUGUUGAUAUCAAUUGUUGUGACUUUUGCAGCUUGCUGGUUGCCUCUCAAUAUAUUCAAUGUUGUUUUUGACUGGAACUAUGAGGCACUCAUGGGCUGUAAUCACAAUCUAGCAUUUACAAUAUGCCACCUUGUGGCCAUGAGCUCCACAUGUAUCAAUCCCAUCUUUUAUGGAUUUCUCAACAGGAAUUUUCAGAAGGAUUUGAUAGUAUUAGUUCACCGCUGCAGAUGCUCAGCAUCACAAGAGGAAUAUGAAAAUAUUGCCCUUUCGAAUCUGCAGACUGAUGCAUCUAAGGGAUCUCUGAAAUUAAAUAAUCCCCUCGCGGAUAUCUAAAAUAAUCCAAGAGCAGUUUCCAAAAUUUUGUUGCAGAUGGCCUCUUUCUGUAGGUCUUGAUCAUGUUAGCACUGAGUUUAGAGGAAGUCUUUGCCAUUUAGUUCAGCAAAACCAGGAUUAUGCUCCCAUAGGCAUAUUCUUAACAGGUACUUUAUGAUAGUAUUAAUGCUAAUAAGCCACUUCCAAGAGUCCCAAAGAUCAAUAAUAAUCAAUUAUAAACAGUAUUAACAUCUUACUUUUUUAAUCCACAAUUGCCAAGUCACUGGCAUACCACCUUAGCCCCAAUAAAAAUAUUUCCACUUCAGCCACUGACACGGUUGUCCUUUCUAAACACCUGGCUUCACCCAGGUAAACCAUGAACACUCUGGCAUUCCUAACUUCAUCACACUUUUCACAGACUGUUUUCUGGCCUUUUAAUUUUCCAACCCUACAUUGUUCCCACCUCUGGCCAAUCUACACAACAGUUUAUAGGCAGUUCACACUGUAAGAAAGGCCCUUUCAGUUAUCCUAAACCUCCACCAUCUUCCUUUCAGCCCAGCAUGCGGUUUGCUUUGGUUUAGCACCAGUUCAGCCUAAAAAUUGUAUUUUAACGAGGGAAAAGGCUAGAGUUGGGAUUUUUAUUUGUUUUUUUAAUGUGCACUAAUACAGGCCCCAUUUGAUGUACUGCAAAUUCCACUCAGAUUGAUGCUGUUCAAGAUGAAAUACGUAUUUAGCAUUUCCCCUAAAAGCAUCGUAUUCUACUCCAAACCACCAGUAUAGAUCAUUGCUUUCUCCGUUACCAUCAUGACUGGUGAACAGACCUUUUAGAAUCUCCAUUAUCAAACAAACAUACUAUGAAUUCAGAGUAAAUUUUGCUUUAGCUACUUAUCCAGAUUAGAGGUUCCUCUCUGAGUAGAAAAUUAGGUUUGCGUUUUAAUUUUAGAAAUAUCUUGCUCCACAUUUCUCCACUAGCAAAAGGCCACCUUGAGGCAGAUAUGGUCAUUUCUGUCGGACUGCAUUUGAAAAUAAAUACUUUCUUUUGUAACACAGUGCAUAGAAGCCUAAAAGUGUAAUAUUGAACGCAAGUUUUCUCAAACUAAAACAUUUUAAAAAACAUUUUCCAGUUUGGCCAUAAAAAAAAAAAAUAACUAAACAUAUUCUUCAUCCAUGCUACAGUGCCAACAUACAUAAUCAGUUAACAUUGGGCUGUUUAAAUACAAUACUUGGAACACUUUAGUCCAACAACUCACCAUGCUUUCUCCUGUUCAAGUUAAAUAUAAUUGAUUACCUGUAUCGCUGUGGGCCAACAGAAACUCUUAUGACCUUACAAGGUGGCCAGUGAUGCUGAUGGAUGGUCUCCCCUUACUGUCUCUCCCUGCGAGUGCUUGGGCAGUAUGUUCCUGUAGCAUUAAACAGCUAAAUUAAAAAAAAAAAUAAAGUUGCUAUUGUGUUUUGUAACCCCAAUUGUCAGCUCCCAACAUCCUGAUCAGAGUUAAGCAAUCAAUUUUUCCAGUCUGAAUCUUGGCAUAAGAGGGUUCUUCAUUACCAGGUGGAAGCUCUCUGAGCAGUGAGACUGCUUCACAAUCCAAUGUGAAUAAUAAUACUUGUGCCUUGAUUUCUUCUUGUCAUUUCUUCCUUACAUUUUCAUUUGAUUCAAGUGCUGAUGCUCCAUUUCUGCUCUGAGCAUUCAGUUAUCAAGUAUCUCCUUUCUUAAUGCUGCACUUUUAAAAAUCACUGCUAACCGAACAGGGUUUCAUCACUGUUUUGAAGACGUCGCCCUUCACGCUGCACGUUCUCUCAUUACAUCCACUGGCUUUAUGUGCGGUCUGAUAUUGAAUUUCCAGACAAG